AGAACACGCCUAACAUCAAACAAACCUGGAUCGUUUGUUUAACUGAUUACAGCACAUUAUCAUCCUCCGCGGCUGAACGAUCGUUGGGGAGACUGGCAGGAGCAGGAUACAGUUUGUAUUAACCUGGUGAAUCAGAGGCUGCCGGUGGACUGAUCAGCACAGAGUCGGGCUGUUGUUAGGAAUUAUGAACUCUCUCUCGGGUAAGAGUGUGCUGUCCCUGUGCAGGGUUUUCUCCAGUCCACCGUGUCUUCCUGCUGCUCUCACUGGGGCAGUGAGGGUCUGUCACUCAGGUGUGGGGUCCCAGGGCACCGUCUUUACCAAAAAGCGGGGCUAUGAUAUCACCAGGAACCCCCACCUGAACAAGGGCAUGGCGUUCACUCUGGAAGAACGGUUACAGCUGGGUAUCCACGGCCUGCUUCCUCCCUGUUUCCUAUCUCAGGAUGUACAAGUGCUUCGGGUCAUGAAGAGUUACGAGACACGCAGCAACCCACUUGACAAAUACAUAUUGCUGAUGACCCUGCAGGACAGGAAUGAAAAACUUUUUUAUCGUGUGUUGACCUCUGACAUUGAAGAAUUCAUGCCUAUUGUCUAUACUCCUACUGUGGGCCUGGCCUGUCAACAGUAUGGCCUAGCUUUCAGAAGACCAAGAGGGCUGUUUAUCACAAUCCAUGAUAAGGGACAUAUUGCCUCCAUGCUUAACUCCUGGCCGGAGCAGGACAUCAAGGCCAUCGUGGUGACUGAUGGAGAGAGAAUCCUAGGAUUAGGAGACCUGGGCAGUUAUGGAAUGGGCAUCCCAGUGGGCAAACUGGCUUUGUAUACAGCAUGCGGAGGAGUGCCACCCCAGCAAUGCUUGCCUGUGCUGCUAGAUGUGGGAACUGAUAAUCAGACUCUCUUGGAUGACCCUUUGUAUAUCGGUUUGAAGCACAAAAGAGUGAGGGGCAAAGAAUACGAUGAUCUUAUUGAUGAGUUCAUGCAAGCCGUCACUGACAAGUAUGGGAUGAAUUGUCUUAUUCAGUUUGAGGAUUUUGCCAAUAGCAAUGCAUUUCGCAUCCUCAAUAAGUACCGUAACCGUUUCUGCACCUUUAAUGAUGAUAUCCAAGGCACAGCUUCAGUUGCUGUGGCUGGGAUCCUCGCUGCUCUUAAAAUAACAAAGAACAAACUUUCUGACCACAAGUUCGUAUUUCAGGGAGCUGGAGAGGCUGCCUUGGGCAUUGCUCACUUACUGGUCAUGGCCAUGGCCAAGGAGGGUGUGUCUCAUGCUGAAGCCGUUAAGAGGAUUUGGAUGGUGGAUUCCAAAGGACUCAUUGUCAAGGGUAGAGGUAAUCUGAAUCAUGAAAAGGAGGAAUUUGCUCAUGACCAUCCACACAUAAAAACUCUGGAGGAAGUAGUGGAAACCAUCAAGCCUACUGCUAUCAUUGGUGUGGCUGCUAUAAGUGGUGCCUUUACUGAGAAAAUCAUCAAAAACAUGGCAGUUUACAAUGAGCGACCAAUCAUUUUUGCCCUCAGCAAUCCUACAAGCAAAGCUGAGUGCACAGCAGAGCAAUGCUACACGCUAACUGAGGGUAGGGGUAUAUUUGCCAGUGGAAGCCCCUUUAAAAAGGUGACUCUGCCAGAUGGACGCACCUUCUACCCCGGUCAAGGAAACAACGCUUACGUGUUUCCCGGUGUAGCAUUGGGAGUCAUCGCCUGUGGUGUGCGCCACAUCUCAGAGGAAAUUUUCCUUACCACAGCAGAGGCAAUAUCAGAAAUGGUUACCGAAGAGCAUCUAGCCGAGGGUAGACUGUACCCUCCUCUAAAUACCAUCAGAGAGGCAUCCUUCAAAAUUGCUGUUAGGAUUGUGGACUAUGCCUACAAGCAGGGAAUUGCUUCCUGGUAUCCCGAACCCAAAGAUAAAGAAGCCUUUGUUUUAUCCCAUGUCUACAACUCCGACUACGACUCCUUUACUGUGGAUUCAUACAGCUGGCCCAAGGACGCCAUGCAGGUUCAGGAUGUGUAGAUCAUUAGUUAACCAGCCUCUGUAUUACAGUUUACUCUUAUCAGUCACAUACCUUAUCUCUUAUUUCAUAAUCAUUUGUUAGACACUCCAGUUACGCCCAGUGCUAAAACAGUAGCUGCUCUGACUGAUUUCAGAGAGCAACAUAAAAUAUAAUGUCAAUACUGCCUUCAGGAUGCAUUUCCAGUUGCAAUAUCCUCAUCCCUAUUCAAUUCCAGAUCAUGGAAUUGAAUUGCAGGUAUCUGUUUAAAGCGGUCAUAAACGGUUAUUUUACCAUUGGACCUCUACGGUCUUUCUUUUAGGUUAGCAAUUUUUCUGCACUUGUUAUUUUUAACUAGUUAUCUACUCAAGUAAUUGAUCACUCCUGUAAAUGCAAAUAUCAGCGUAGGGAGAGACUGUUCCUGUACGGUGACUCCCACGUGGCUGUCCUGCAUGUUUGUACAAAGAGGAAUUUCGACUGCCGUGUGAAUCAAGUGCUUUUUAAGAUGUACUUUUGUAACAUUUCUCAUUGUGACACAUGUUAUGCCAAAGUUUUCAUUUUUAUUUUAAAUGUAUUGUCAAGGAGCAAUGAGUGUUGGUCAUUGUUAGCUUGAGUUAAGUUUAUUUAAGUGACCAUCUGAGAUGAAGAUAUUUGUCUUUUAUUUGGCAGUAUGUGGAAUUGUUUUUAUUGUUUCUCCUCAUUUAGAUUUAUGAAGCUUUGCUUAUGAAUAACGCACAACUGGAUUUCUAUUUUCGGAUAUUCAGAGAUUUUAAAGGGACAGUGACUUUUAAAUAAACAAUUUUAAAGAAA